AUGCCCUUUCCCAUUCCACCGCUUCCUUCGCCAACAUAUCAAGCCGCCUAUGCCAUCCUAGGCCACCACAUCUACGUUAUCGGCGGCAUACUUUCCCAGCAAGUGUGGAUCCUCGACUGCCGCAUUAACCGCUGGCGACAAGGCCCUAGCAUGCUCAUCCCUCGCGUCAGUGCAUCUACCGCUGUCGCGGACGGCAAGAUCUACGUCAUGGGCGGACGGGGACGCCAGCUGCCAGAUAUUUGGGGCGAAGUUCUUGACCCAGCUGUUGGUCGUUGGGUGGAGGCGGAUUAUAACUGCCUCAACUCAAGCAGUGGAGAUGGCACGGAAUUCAAGAAGAAUAGAGCGUGCUUUACGGAUGGUUUCUUUUAUACAUUGGAGUACCCGGACAAGCUGGUGGGGCACGAAUUGGGGGACAUGGAGGAGUCGGUUGAGUAUUGGGGGAAGCCUUGGGCGGUGAAAGGGUUGUUGGAUUUGCCCAUGUGGUACUCAAUAGGCACUAGGAGGAGGCCCAAGCAACUGGCUGGUUCCGGAAGCAAUGGGAGGAGCUUGUUUCUGGUUUGGAUUCAUUAUUGGAACCAACAAUAUGAGCUCUGGUGCUCUCAACUGGACCUCAACAACACAAAGAGGGGUGAUGAUUGGCAGCUUUCUGCCACUCCUUCUUCGUCCCACAAAAUCUUCUCUUCUUUUGACCAAUUCACCAUUGGCGGCAGUUUAGUAGUUCAUGACUUGUGA